AUGGCCAGUAUGCGAUAUCAAAGCGUAGGUGGCGCAUUCAGUUUCACCAACCCCCCCGCAACCUCUGAAGCGCCACCGCCUGCCAACACUGGGUCUGGCAACCCUCCCACCAAUACUGAGCCUGGCAACCCUCCCACCAACACUGAGCCUGGCAACCCUCCCACGCUCGACCAGCUCAUCCUCGAGAUGCCCAACUACGACGAAACGACCGUCGCCGUGCGGAGAUGGGUCCGCAGAGUUCUCCAGCAUCAUGGUCACGAUGGCGACAUGGACCUAGAGGGCAUCUUCUGGAGCGGUGCGGCCCUUCGUGACUUCGGUCACAACCAGGCACAGGAUAUCCUGCGGUUGGGUGUUCCUGUCAAGCUGUCGAAGGAGGUUGUCUCAACCAUCGAUCGGGUCACAGCAGCAGUCCAGGUGAGGACAUUUUCUUUGUCAAUAACAAACAGGCCGCCCGCUAACGUGGCAUCCAGUAUCGUCGAUGGUCAACGGUAA